AUGUAUAGUAAACCGCAACCCUCAUUUGCCUCCCAGUCCACGUCGUACACAGAGGCGAUUGAUGAUGUGGUAUCUUCCUUCGGCGAAUCCCUGGAUUCUGUCAUAAAGAACAACUUCGAGCAGGCGAAAAAAGGUGAAGCCGCCUCAGAGUCGUCCGACAAGCCUGUGAAGACGGACAGCUCGAGCACGAAGAACCAGAAACUUGCCGCGAUAUUCUGCCGCCAGUGGCUGUCCGGAGUUUUGAGAACAAUGCUCCAGAAACUCUCGGAAAACCCGGACACGGCCUCCGCAGACAUCUCCAUACCCGUUCCCUCGGAGCCGCAGUUCGUGGACGACCAACUCGACAUCCAGGACGUGGACGAGCUCGGCGUGUGCGUGGAGAACGCGAAGGUGUGCGACAACAGACAAAUAGAAGUCAACUACGACUUCAACCAGGGCGACCUGAGCAAGCAGGUGAAGCCGAGGCUGAAGGCCCAGCAGCUGAUGAAGCUCAUUCUGCAGGGCAAGGACACGGAGUGGUCGCUGCAGAAGAAGCUGGAGGACUUCUGGAAAACCAGCCCGGGCCUCCUGCUGGAGCUGAUUAACGAGAAAAUACCUCUAGAUCUCGACGAGCUGGACGCGGGCCAGGUGGAUCCGGCCGCGCAGACGGUCUCCCUGGACGAGGAGUCGAUGGAGUUCCUCAGCUCUCUUCUGGACAACCCCAACGACGACAUGGCUAACCUGGAGGAGUACCUGGCGAACAACCCGAAGAUGCUGCUGGAUCAGGCCGACAAGCUGGGAAUAGUGGGUGUAGACAGAUUAAUUGAGCUGUUUAACAAAUUAAAGAAGGAGAUUGCGCACGUGAACAAGAUGGCAAAGUUUUUUUCCAAAUUCGCAGUUGAGUUGAACUCAAGCAGUCAGGUCGAAAUCAUGUAG